UAUUGGUCCGUAAAAAUUUGUUACCGAUUAGGUAAAACUUGAUCUUACUUAUCAAUACCCCUUUUGUAGAGUCAUACAUGGGUAUAUGAAUACUGUUUGGUAUUUUUGUAAUACUGGAUUUUUUAGAGUGUGCCAAAACAGACAUGACGACAAAAUGAAGUAUAAACGCAACUUUGCAAUUAUAAUUAUCCUUAUCAAGUAAUAUAUCCAUACUCAUAAAAUGCACCUGUUGCCAAACGCAUUCUGCCAAUUUUUGCAAAAUGUUGCGAUUUUUCUUCUUAAUUUUGCAUCUUACUAAUUGCUUUUUAACCUGCUCUGCAAACAAUGGUAACGAAAUCGAUUCUUCUUUCACCUUCGUACCAAUAAUAAUCCCCACAUUAAAACCACUCGGUCUCGAUGAGCCAUACGUGAACAAGUAUUGCAACGAGAAUUUUCCCCCGGGUUACGUUUACUACGGCUGCUGUUCGGAAAAGCAUAAGAAAUCGCAUUGUUUUUUAAACGACCACAGAUCUCGAGAUGCAUUCUGCGAGACACAAACUUUACACGACAAUCGGUUCAGUUUCAAUUGUACGAAGUCGUUACUGGAUAAGAACUGCACCCUGCCGUGGGGGACGUGUUAUUGUUGUUCGGCAGAUCCCCUCACGAAUUCAGGGGGCGGAGCGCCGGAUCCACCACAAUCCGUUAAUCUGACAGACCCAUCAUUGUGUGGAACCAUCCGCACAAACUACUUUUUCGGUGGGAACCACACCUUGGUCUAUGUACGGGAACAAACCGGGUAUGAGUUGCCCCUAUUUGGCUCAAUUUCCUACGCCUUAAAGGGUGGGAGGAAGUUUGUCGAUGUGAUGAAUCCCAACUGUCGUAUAAGCGUUUGUCAUACGUUUAAGCAGUAUGACGCGGAAUGUCUCCACUUUACUAACGGGGGACGAAAUAGUUACACGACGGAUCAAGAUUUAGAAACAGUUUCAAUAAGCUGCGGUUGUUUGAAUGGACCACAUGCUACAAAUGAUUGCACAAAACCGGAUGAUAUCGUGCAAUCUGACGUGACCACUUGUCUACCUCAAAACCUAGAUGGAGACACGUGUGCCAUACUGUAUCAAGAGUUCGGUUGUCAAUCUUGUCUUUAUGACGAGAUCCGUCUCCAUGAAAACCGGUCUUCGUUUAAUCCGAGUAAUUUUGCAGUGGUCCGAUCACUUCGCGUCAACUCAGGUUGUACCGUGCGGGCUUCGACUGACCAAGAUUUCGUCGAAUUUAACGGGACAACGUCCAUCCUGCCGGAGUUUUUCAUUCGAAGCGUCAUGAAUGACUCGGUGUACUCACCAUUUAACUCGUACGACUGCGUUUGCGGUCCAAAAACUAUCAUCGAGGAAGGCGAGGUUUCAUUUUCGGGAGGCGCCAUCGCGGCAAUUGCGGUUGGAUUAGUCGUAUUAGCCGCUGCAGUGGCGGGACUGGCGUACUUUAUGAGGGGUCGGAAACCUAAGGUCAAGUUCACCCCGGAGGAGAUAGAGCAACUUAAGAAGGAACUAUUUGGUUGGAGUGAAGCACCGAUUUGUAAUCAUAUAGGACCGGAAGUGGAUGUACCAAUCGUUGGCUCAACUAAUAAUGGGAUAAAUGAAGAAUAUUCGGUAAAAAAGGAGGACAUUGAAGUUUUCAAAAAUACGGUACUUGGACGAGGAAACUAUGGCGUGAUCUUCAAAGGUAGUCUUUCCUCACAAUUCGAUCAGGACAAGGUGGACUGCGCCAUAAAAACUGUGGAUGAAUUCACUGCUAGAAUGGAUGAUUUGAAAUUACUCAUGAACGAAAUUCGGAUAAUGUCCUGUCUUGGUCGACACGAAAAUGUGAUCGCGUUUUUGGGAUUUUAUUGCAACUUCCAUCCGACGAAAUGGGAAUUUUUAUGCUUGAUGGAGCUUUGCACAGAAAAUUUGCACAGCUACCUCCAUCAAGCUAGGAAUUGUCUAGAGGCCUCCUAUUCCGCGAAAAUUAAUGCUCACAUGCAAAAAGCGGGAUAUGUUCUUUAUGCAGAUGCUCCAGAACCGGGAACAUUAACUUCACCACUUCCCCCGCCAGAUGCUCCUCAUGUCACCAUUACAGAACGUGAAAUGAGAAAAUGGUCAGCCGAAAUUGCUCACGGGAUGAAUUACUUAACAAUGAAAAAUGUUUGGCUUAGCAUGAAAUGGAGCGCCCUCGAGUCGCUGAUGGGGUUGAAAUUUUCCAAGGAGUCUGACAUCUGGUCGUAUGGGGUGACACUCUGGGAAAUCUUCAGCCUGGGGGAGGAGCCUUACCCGGAAAUGGGUGAGAUGGUGGACCUUAUCCGAUUCCUCAACAUGGGACACAGACUCCAAUGUCCAAAAUCUUGUGACCAUGAAACAUAUACUCUGAUGCGACGAUGCUGGGAAAUGGAUCCGACUAAAAGACCCACCUUUCUCGAAAUCGGAAUAUUUUUUGAAAAUGCGGAGAGAAAGCAAAUUUCUUUCUGAUUAGCUGAUUGCUAAUCCAUACAUUCACCUUUAGCAUGGCAUUUAGUAACAAUGAGUUAAUUUCCUUUGCUAAAAGGUGACAUUCACAAGACAAUUAGUUGUUAAUUUAGUAGUGAAUUAGCAAAAUUUUGUAGUAAAUAAGACCGGGAUCUUAGAAAGAUAAAAUGACGAAUUUAUAAUUAUUAAAUGUGACACCUUGAUCAUCUUGAAUUCA